UGAAUAUCGAGUCCUCCGCAACUUCCCUCUCCCGGCCACCGGCAUCCUUCCUAGGACAUCAGUUGCUGCUGCCAUUGACUCACCAUGACCGUCACGAGGAGCCAGACGGGCAAAACGCCCAGAAAGCCAGAAUUGCCCGAGGGCUUUGUUGAAACACCAUCGAGAAAGCGUUCGACGCGCAAGAACGCAAACACCGGGCGCACUGCCUCGCCGUCGCCCUCGAUCACUGGCUCCAGAACGCCCCUUGUUGACGCACCUGCCAACGAGGUCAAGACCAAUGGACAUGCCAAUGGCUCGUCCAAGAAGGAGAAGCGCAUCAUCGAUGGCUGGCUGGAGGGUUCCGACCCUAAGGUGGACGCAAACCCUCACUACGAGUUUGGUGGCAGCGCCGGAGUCACUGCCAUGAUGAUUGGCUUCCCUAUUCUCAUGUGGUACAUGUGGAUUGGCGCAACUUACUACGACGGCGGCUUCCCUAAGCGCGAGUCCUCCAACCAGUCGUGGUCCGACUUUGGCAAGCAGCUCUUCGGCCUGGCCUACAACGGUGCUUUCCCUCACGCAAAGGCAUGGGCCAUCUACUGGACCUUCUUCGUCUUCGAGGGCAUCUGCUACCUGUACAUGCCCGGUGUGUACAGCAAGGGCAAGCCUCUUCCUCACAUGGACAACAAGCAGCUUCUCUACUAUUGUUCUGGUGUCUCAUCCUUCUACCUCACCAUUGUUGUCGCCUUGACUCUCCACGUCACCGGCCUCUUCAAGCUCUACACUCUGAUCGAUGAGUUCGGCCCCAUCAUGUCAGUCGCCAUCUUGUCUGGCUUCAUUGUCUCGGUUGUCGCCUACGUCUCUGCUCUUAUGCGUGGUGCUCAGCACAGAAUGACUGGCUACCACAUCUACGAUUUCUUCAUGGGCGCUGAAUUGAACCCCCGUCUUUUCGGCUGGCUCGACUUCAAGAUGUUCUUCGAGGUCCGUCUUCCUUGGUUCAUCCUGUUCCUUGUUACGCUUGGAGGUUGCGCUCGUCAAUACGAGCAGUACGGUUACGUCACCGGCGAGAUGGCCUUCUUGCUCAUGGCUCACUUCCUGUACGCCAACGCCUGCUGCAAAGGUGAGGAGAUGAUUCCCAUCACUUGGGACAUGUACUACGAGAAGUGGGGCUUCAUGCUCAUCUUCUGGAACCUGGCUGGUGUUCCCCUUUCUUACUGCCACUGCACCAUUUUCUUGGCCAACCACGACCCCGAGGUCUACGCCCACUCCUGGCCCGUUCUCGUCUGGUUCUUCACCAGCUACCUCUUCGCAUACUGGGUCUGGGAUACCGGAAACUCGCAGAAGAACAUGUUCCGCGCUCAAGAGCGUGGCUAUGAGAUGAACCGCAAGACUUUCCCUCAACUCCCCUGGAAGGCUGUUAAGAACCCCCAGAAGAUUGAGACCGAGUCCGGCAACUCUCUUCUCUGUGACGGUUGGUACAAGUAUGCUCGCAAGAUCCACUACACUUGCGACAUGUACUUUGCUCUCUGCUGGGGCUUGAUCACCGGCUUCAACUCACCUUUCCCAUGGUUCUACACUGCUUUCUUCGCUGUCAUGAUUGUGCACCGCGCCCACCGUGAUAUCCAGCGUUGCAAGGAGAAGUACGGCGAUGCCUGGAAGGAGUAUGAGAGACGCUGCCCUUACCUCUUCAUCCCUUACGUCUGGUAAACACCACGUAUCGGCAAAAAUGAUGUACAUGAUUCUGGGUCGCGGGUUUCGACAUACAUCCAUUGUAAUAAUUCGAGAGUGGUGGUUUCAAAGGUUGCCAAGUCGCUCGCGUGUCGAAGGGUCGAAACACCUCAGAUGCCGGUGGCCGGAGCAUGCCACGAGAGAAGAAAACCUAUUCUUCGUCUGAAAAGAUAACGAUCUAGUGGUUUCUAGGGACAUCGAUCGUUCCUAUGUAGGAGAUUCUUUCUCACAUGUUGGAGGGGCGUUUUUCUUUCUUUUUUCGUUCUUUUUGCGUCCUCGCUCUUUUUGCUCAGUCCUUGUGCAUGUCUGUCUUGACAGAAGAACAGACGAGGAGUACAGGAUAAAAAGGUGGACAUGGGGUUCGUUCGUGUUGUAUAUUAUCACCUUGUAUCAUUCUUGUUUCUGAAAUUUUAUAGCAUAGAAUCAAACAAAACCAUUAUACAUAUU